AUGGCGACCUCACAUCAACCAUUUCCUUCGCGACCCUACACGUCUGGCUUGACACGCGGCGCUGGCGGAAACACGCCUUUUGCGGGCCAGACACCAUUUCACGCGCCGCAACAGAAUGCUGGGGGAUAUGGAGCUGGAGCAGCCGGUGCAGCAACAUCGCAACAACAACGUGAGGCGCAAAGGAUAGAGCGCGAAAGGCAAGAACGGCAGGAACGCGAAAGGCGAGCGGACGAAGAGCGCAACGCCCUGGAGAGUCUGAGUGAAGAGCAAAGAGAGGAGAUCAACGAGGCUUUCUCUCUGUUCGACCUCGACAAGGACUCCUACAUCGACUACCACGAACUCAAAGUCGCGCUCAAAGCUCUCGGCUUCGAAAUCUCCAAAGCAGAUCUCUUAUCACUACUACAGACAUACGGCGUACGGGCAUCCUCGAUAUCACCCACUACCUCUAAAGCACCCGUACCACCACAGCAACCCACAUUCUCCGGACCCUCACGAUUACUACUCUCUCACGCAACCUUUGUGACAAUCGCGGCGCAAAAGAUCCAAGAACGAGAUCCGAAGGAGGAGAUAUUCCGUGCCUUUGAGCUGUUCGAUGCCGACAACAAAGGGAGGAUAGAGUUGCAGGACUUGAGGAGGGUCGCGCAGGAACUGGGAGAGGGUCUGCAAGAGGAGGAACUGCAGGCUAUGAUUGAGGAAUUCGAUGUAAGAGGUGAGGGCGGCAUCACCAGGGACGAGUUCUUGGGAAUAUGCUUGGGGAAUUGA